AUGGCGCUCCUCCUGCGGCGAGGCGCCGCAGUCGCCGCCCGCACCCUGCGCGCCGCCGCCGCCUCCUCUGCUUCCACCUCCGUCCACCGCCUACCGACCGCCGGAUCCCUUGCCGCCGCAAGAAACCUGCCCACCACGCACUUUUUCCUCCUUGAGAUCCGGAGGGGCUUCGCGAAAGGGAAGAAAUCGAAGAAUGAUAGUCGAAGUGAUACCGUUGAGGCCGCUCCUGAUAUCGGGCCGACUGUCAAAUCGGCCGCGACUGCACAAAUGGACACUGCCGUCGUUGCGCUGUCGCGAGAGCUGAGUAAACUUCGGACAGGGAGAGCUUCUCCUGGCAUGCUUGACCACAUCAUGGUGGAAACUGGGGAUGUUAAAGUUGGACUGAGUCGUAUUGCUGUUGUUUCUGUCCUAGAUUCGCAUACCCUAUCAGUGAUGCCCUAUGAUCCUAAUACAAUGAAGUCUAUUGAGAAUGCAAUCGCUUCAUCUCCAUUGGGCAUCAAUCCAACCCCUGACGGCAGUAGGAUUAUUGCAGCUGUACCUCCAUUGACGAAAGAGACUAUGCAGGCAAUGUGUAAGGUUGUUACUAAAUCUGCUGAGGAUUUCAAGCAAAGUAUUAGAAGAGCACGCCAAAAGGCACUUGAUACAAUAAAGAAAUCUUCAUCUAGCAUGCCAAAGGAUGAUAUAAAGCGACUCGAGAAAGAAGUCGAAGAAUUGACCAAGAAGUUCAUCAAGUCGGCAGAUGAUAUGUGCAAGGCCAAGGAGAAGGAAAUCUCUGGAAGCUGA